AUGUUAAUCCAGGUUUCUGCUCUUCUUGCGCCAACUUUGACAUCUGAUAUUGCAGGUGUAGUUCGCCAGCCUAGUUUUCCCUCUUCUCGUUCCACAAUGGCACGCGUGAACUGUGGCACGGCCGCAUGCUUGGCGGCUCUUCUUGUGGCGGUGUGUGUGCUGGCAGUUUCCCCAGCCGCAGUUGGAGCUGAAGAGACCCACAGCGCUAUUACCUACAACCCAGUCGACAUGUUCUUGAGCAUGAUGCGCGACACGCAGACUGCUGCGCGGGAGAACACUGAGGCGACACCUUCCAGAGUUUUCCUUCCGAUGCUCUUCCCUCCUCCAGUCCCACCUCAGCCUCAGAACGUGUACCACAAGCACGUCCAUCACUUGCCGAAGAAGACGCCCGACCAUAAGCCCCAUGGGCACCAUGGGUCUCACCCUCAUUACCCUCCGUACUUUCCCCCUCGGCCAAGGUAUUACUAA